AUGUGGAGUCAGCCUUCGGCCGAAUGUCCACUAGAUUUUUCGCAACCUUUCAAUUCCUCGCACAAACCCUUCAACUUGAAUUGGAUGCUGGCUAAAAUACAAAACGAAACAAAUGCAGCACAGCAGGAAGUUGAACACAUGCGCAACGUAACAGCAAAAUUUCUAUCGAACUAUGAAAACGAGGAAGAAAAUCAAAACAAACAACAAAAUUCACAAGGAAUCCAAAAUCGUGAAAAACGCGGUGCACCUGUAGUAGCAGCCGCUGCUGUAGCAGGAAUAGCGCUGUUCGGAUCCCUUGGAAUAUCAAUGGGAGGAUCAAGUGACUGUGGAUUUCUUGGAGUUUUCGCAAAUGAAACUAGAGUUGACAAUGAUGAUUCAAAUACAUCCACGGACGACAACGACCUGCACAUGACGAGUCCAGACGAAGUGAAGAACUACUCGAAUGAAAGCGGGACUCGGGAGUCAGGAUACGCCUCCAUGCCAUUUGAGAACGCGAACACGAGCGCCAUGGGGGGAAAGAAACUCAUGACACAGAGUGGUGGAAACUCGGCAGAACCCAAAGGGCAGUCGGACGACUUAGACUCCAUCUACACAACCCGAGUGGCCGCACCCAGUUCAGUCGGGGACGAAAUGGUAGACGACGAUGACGAACUAACAGCAGACGAAGAGUCAGUUGGAGGACUAGACGCGGCUGCAAUCGAGCAGAUCAACAGACAGAAAGUAGUCCCACCUCAAAUACUGUUCCAGUUUGUGUCUAUGUGCGACCAGAAGAUUGCCCAAACUGUAGAUCCGGAGCUGGCUAGACAUUGCGCUUACUCGAUCCCGGCUAUUGCUUUCACUCUGGGCCGAGAGAACUGGGCCUGUUUGAGAGCUGCUUAUGCUGCGCUGGCUAAAGACAUGUCUUGGAAGGUACGGCGUAGUCUAGCCUUUUCGCUGCAUGUGAUGGCGCUGAUGUUGGGCCCUGAGGUCAUGAUGAACGACCUCGUUCAGGUGUUCGACUCCUUUCUAAACGACUUGGACGAUGUCAAAUCGGGAAUCCUGAAACACUUCUCAGAUUUUAUCCGCCUAUUACCGGCCGGUCAGCAUCGCGAGGUGUAUCUAGGUAGACUUUCAGGGUUUAUAAAGCCAGACAACGUGCGCAACUGGAGAUUCAGAGAAGACCUGGCCUUCCAGUUGAACCAGUUGUGUGAUCUCUACUCAAGCGAGAGUGUUAAACGCUAUGUAGUGCCUUUGACUAUAUCGCUGUGCUCAGACAGAAUAGCUCAAGUGCGACAAUGUUCGUUCUUUUUAGUGGCAACUAUCAUUGCUAAAUUCAACCGCGAAAGGGCAUUUGAAAUUGCGAAUCAGUUCAAAGGGUUGUUGCUGGACAGAUUUGCGAAAUGUAGCAUGUUUUUCGGCCGACUCACUUUCGUCCAAAUGUGCGAAGUUGCAAUGGUUCAACCGAGCAUCGAUGUGGCCAUGUUCAGUCGAGACUACCUCCCUGGUCUACUGGCUCUGCAUGCCGACUCAGUAGUGAAUAUCAGAAUUGCCCUUAGUCGGACUCUAAACUCGCUUUAUGAAACGAGACCUGAGUUCACGAUAUACACGCCUACCGAAUCUCAGCUCAGCAUUGAUAAUGUCGUGCGCAUUUUAGCCCAGGAUUCAGAUCGAGAUGUGCGCUCUUUCUGUGCACAAAACUCUACGCUUUUCCCCAACUCAUCGCUCAACACCUCGGAAGAUUUCGAAUCAACUUUGAACAACACAGCAACGGCGUCUAACUCAACCUUUGUAGUAUCGUCGUCGCAAGCCGAAGACAGUCAGAAUGCAAACUCAACUCAGGAUCUCGAAUCGUCAUCAGACGUCGACAGCUGCUCAAACUCGUCAACAGAUGUCCUCGCUCAAAACUCCUCAGGUUCAAACAUCGGCAGACAUCUGCGGUCAGUUCUAGAUGAAAUCAACCAGUCGAACGACUCAGUAAAAGUGAAAGACGAAGAAGCUGCAACAAAAAACGAUUUAAGCGAUGACGUCACAGUUCUAUCAUGUGAAGUGAUCGAGUCGAGCGAAAGCAACGCGGAGGACGAAGUUUUCAUGGACGACUCAACUGCUGCAAGUCCCAACAAGGUAGAUGAAAAAGAAAAUAAUGAAAUUGAGACGCCAGCCGAAAUGAAUGUUACUGGAGAUACUAACUGCACUGGCAUAGGACAACCGGAACCUUCAGAAGUCUUAGCCAACGAGAAUGAAGCACAAGUCACAGCCGAAUUGGCCAGUCUUGUUUUGGAAUCGGAACAGGCCGAAAGCGGGGGAGACCAAUCGGCUGAGCCCAAAACACCACCGGAUGCCCAAAAUUCAACUUGUUAAGACAACUGAAUGGUUACUUGCUUAGCUGAAUUACACAAUCCUAACGUGAUGUUAAAACCACAUCAAUUGCGCCCCUGUUUUGACAAAUUUUUAAUGUUUUAAGUUCGUUUAGAAAGCCUUUUUAUUUUUCUAUAGCUCAUGUUGUUUCCGUAUGCUCAAUUUGUUCGGUUGAUUCUUGAAUUGUACGCCAGCAAGACUCUUUUAUUGCAAACCAUAAUUUAGUUUAGCAGUCAUUUCAUUCGACCUAAAUUUCAUGUUUUAUUCUUUCGAUUAAACGAAGCCUCGAACUCUUGACUCGAAUAUCGCUAAUGUCAUAUGAUGAUUUCCUCAUAAUUAUAUUUCAAGUUAUGUGGCUGUUGUUUUAGUUCAGUUUAUUAAAAAUGUUUCGCAUUGGUGAGAAAAUAGUGUAGAUUUCGAAAAAAAAGUUAAUACUGCUACACAACUUGAGUUUAAUAUUCACUAGUUUACUGCGGUGAUUUAAUCUCUUCUGUUAUUGAGAAGUUUUGCAGAUUUCUAAUAUGUUAUAUCCCGGGUAAAGAGCCCAAGGAGAUUUUAGAAAUAAACUCCGCAGCUUUCCUGGAAUUUUAAAAAUUGAAAAUUAGGAGCCUGAGUUUUUGCGCUUUUGGUAAAAAGCGCCUUUACUUGGUUAAUGCGAAUAAUAUAAAGGAUGAACCUUCUUGAUUUCUGAGACUGGUGAGUACUUGAAUGCAAUGAAAAAGUUUUUUUCCCGAUUAUUUUCACCAAGGCAGACAGCUUUUUUUUACAGCCAAUUGUCACACGAACAGCUCGAAAGUUUAGACCAAUAGAACAUCGGGGAUGAGAACAUCUGAAAAUCCUUAUCUAAAUGAAGUUUUUCUUUAUAGUUCUUUUCGUAAUAAGGGUAUUAAAAAAUCUGAGUUCGCAUAUCUGUAGCUUUUAAUUUGUGAGUGAAUAUAGCCUUACUAACAAACGCAUCUCCUUCUUUACCCGGAUGAUCGAUAUCAAAUAAAUGACCUCUGUUGUUGGAUGUACCAAUUACAUCGAUAUUAUAUAUAUGCCGUGAUUCAUCCAUAGCUUUAACUUGCACUAAGUGUGUUUCGCUUUUUAGUACCAGUCGAAUUUAGUUUGGUUGAUCUAGAGAGCUAAAAAUACUUAUGGUUCCAACCACUGAAUGUGAAAAGGAACUUUGUUGACCUUUGAAUUUGGAUCUAAUGCAAAGCAGGCUUACUACAAUUAGCACUACUAUAAUUAUUCAUCUUGGUCCACCUAUUUUGAUUACAGUUUAUUCUUCUAUUGAA